AUGGAGUUAAAUUCCAAAUUAAUGGAAGAGUUUGUCAAAAUCUGGCCAAGUGAGUAUAUAAAAAAAUUUUAUAUAAAUUUUGGUGGCCGAUUCUACACAGACAAGGCACACAGAUAUAAUAUUUUUUAUAACACAGAGUGGAAAGAAUUAAAUUUGGAAAUUCGUGGUAAUUGUUUAUUGGCUUAUGAUGCUAAUGAUCAAAGUAUGGGUACGGAAUGUGGGCCUGUUAUGGGAUGGCUUUUAGAACACGUAAAUUUUAAGCUUGGAAUUCCUACACAUUUUCUUACUCUUCCUGAUAAUUUAGAAUUAAAAUCUUUGGAUGAUUCUUCUAUUAUUUAUUUCCAUGAAAAAGAUGAUCCCGACCAAGCAUUUUUGGCUAUUUUCUGUAAAACUAGAGAGGACACCGAUGACCUUUUUGAUAGACUUAGACAAUGUAGUUUAACUCUCCUAAAAUCAGCUGUUGGUAAGAGUUUUUACAAUGCUCGCCCUGGCUAUCUUGCUCUUCAAGAGAAGGCUGAAAUUACAACUAAUAUAGCUAUAAACAGACUAGAAUCGCUCAAGUAUGAGCAUGACUUUCUCAAAAAACAGCAAGAGAACUUGAAGCUCGAUAAUACUUUAUUGCUAACCCAGUCUGCUGUGAAUAGCCAACUGUACUCUGAAGGAAUGCAACUUCAACUUCAAGAGAAUUCUCACCUUAGAAAUGAACUUGAACAGGCUUUGAACGAGAUUUACCUCAGGGAUGAAAGUAUUAAGAAUCUGAAAAAUGAUCUCAAGACUUGCAAACAGAUAAUGGGUAACAGGAUCGAGUCUAAUGAGGCUUUAAAACAGGAACUCGACUCUACUAACUCAGCUAUAGACGAGGCCAAUAUGAUUCCUGAAAAGAAACUCCGUGCAUUAUAUACUAAAAAGGCAAAGCAGGCAAAUCUUUUAUCCCUAAAACUUCUUUCCUCAAAAUAUGACAACUCUAAGUUAGUUGCUAAAUACCACUCACUCAAGUCUGAAAUGAAAAAUGAGCUUGAUAAAAUACAAGAAUUUGUCGAUUCCUAUGAAAUGUAUGAUCUCCUCAAACUGUGGAUUUCUUGCAAUGAACUUAAGGUUGAAUAUUAUGAAAACCUCCCUGAUUUGAACUUUGAAGAACGCACUAGGCUUUUAGAAAAGAUUGAUAAAACUCAAUCUCAACUCAACAUCGCAAUGGUCAUUGCCCGUGCCACCUACAUUACUUAUCGUACUUUAAUUUUUGAUGAAGUUUUGAAGUCUUUCUCUGAUGACAAGACUACCACAUUCAGAACAUUACACGACAUUAUAAACUCGUCUUUUGAGAAACUUUCGUGGAUUUUCCAGCCGGAGUCGGUAACUGAGGACUCUUCUGAGCCUGUGUGGAUUAACAAUAUAAAGAUGACAAAACUCGUUGAAAAGACUCUAUACCACAAGGAUAGACCAAUUUGGUUUGACAGGGUCUCUUUUUCAUCUGCAAUAAGGCCUGUUGUCAGGUAUGACCAGGACAACAAAGCUGAGCUUGAAAUUAAAAAGCGACUCUUCUACUGUCUUGAGCAGAACAGCCAGUUAAGACAGAAAAUCCGCUCAAUGAGUAAGCAGAUGGGAAAUGACACUCACUGGAAAUCAAUAUGGCGCAGGACCAACCUUAGGAAGAAAUCCUCCAACUUUAAGUAACUAUCACGAUAUACUAACUGCCACAUAUUUUUUGCAAAUUAAAUUAAUAAAAGCGCCAAAUGGUUAUGAGUCCAGAAUUGAAUAACUAUAGGCCCUAUUAAUAACUUCAGAGCUAAAUGUAAUAUAAAUCUAA